ACCGUGACAAUUAUUUAUUCUAUGAAUCGAAGGUUAGGUAACUUGACUCUUGACUCGGAUCAGAAGUUUCAAAAAAACCUUUUUUAAUUAACACAGGAGGAAAAGUUAUCCUCAAGAAGGUCAGUUCUUGAAAUAGCUUUACAUAAUGUGGUUCGAAAUACUGCCCAGUAUGGGCAUAGUGUUUGCCUGUAUGAGCUUGCCUCAUGCGAGUCUUUAUGUACUGAAUCAAUUAUUCCAUGGGAAUCAUUUUCGAAGGUCUCUGGAUACCACUGAACUCGCCAAGCAGUAUCUUAGAGAUGAGCGAUUAACAGGAGAUGCAUAUAAAUUAAGCGGAUUAGAAGCUAUUCCUGAUGCUUGAAUAGUUUAUCAGACAACGUAGUUGAGCAAAAUUGUCCUACAUAAUUUGAGAAUGAUUGUGAAAUAGAGAAGUCAAGUGAG